CUUCCAUCUGGAGGGAGGAAGAAGUUCCAGUGAACGUUGCUCUUCAUAGCAGUAACGGCUGUUUCAGGAUGUGAGCGUGGCAUGGGCUCUAAUGUUAAACCGACACCAUGAGCGUGGUGGUUUCCAAGUUGGACUUCCUGUUCACCUGUGUGAGCCUGCUGUGCCUGCUGGGCGACAUAGUGCUGGACGUCUGUGCGGUGGUGACUUUCUACCAGGCGGAGGACUACGUGUGCGUCGGGCUGCUGCUGCUCUUUCUCCUGGGCUCGUCCGUGCUCGUCCAGGUCUUCAGCUGGCUCUGGUACUGCUAUGAUGGCUUCAGGACGCAGACGAAAGCUGAGAGCUGCCUGAGCCGGCCCUGUCUCAAGCUCCUUCACGUGGUCCAGCUGGGCAGCUAUGUCAGAUUUGCAGGCGUCGUGGAGUCGUCUCUCCUCUACUUCAACAAAAAGGACCCGCAGGGGUACGCGUCGUACCCGAACCACGACCUGAGCCUGUUGCGCCUCAUAGAGACCUUCUCAGAGGGCGCCCCUCAGUUCGUGCUCAUGCUCACCCUCCUCCUGCAGCGGUUCCAGCUCGAUCCUGUCAAAGUGCUGAAGAGCAUUGCCUCCGCCUCAGCCAUCGCCUGCAGUGUAACCAUAUACCACCGCUCCCUGCGCUUCUUCCUGCCCGACAAGAGAAAGCAGAGCUUCCUCUCCUCUGUGGUUUACUUUCUCUGGAACCUGUGUCUCCUCGCGUCUCGUCUCACCUCCCUCGCCCUCUUUGCCUCUGUGCUGCCCUGCUUCGUCUUCGUCCACUUCUUCUGCUCGUGGCUGGUGUUGUUCUUCUUUGCCUGGAGAUCCAAGACCGAUCUCAUGGACAGCCCUGGUGGCGAGUGGCUCUACCGAGCUACGGUCGGCCUCAUUUGGUACUUUGACUGGUUUAAUGUGUCAGAAGGCAAAACGAGGAACAGGACCAUACUCUACCACGGAUACAUACUCGCUGAUGUUUCCCUUCUGUGUGGCCUGUGGUACUGGGCGAUGAACACAGACCCACCCUAUGUGGAAAUACCUCACUUGGUCUCUGUAAUUAUAGCUUUGAGUGUUGUUGGAGUUUACAUCAUUGGUCUUUUGUGUAAAGUUAUUUAUUAUAAGUGCUACCAUCCAAACCUUUCCAAAGGGGACUUAAAAGGAAGCGAAUCUCAACAGGAACCUGAAAGAAGUACAGAACAUCCCAGAGGCGAGGAUCAAGUGAUGUUCAGGACAGGGAUCUACAAUAUGGAUGUAGUGGAUAGUCCGGAACCAUCACCAGCAACAGAACACUACAAUAAAAGAAUGAGAAGGCUGGCAGGGAACUUCUACUCCUGAACUGCGUUAGUAGAAACCAACAGCAGGUUUAAAACAGAGUCAGGGAACGCAUGAAUAAGCUCACUACGUAAGUUAUUCAAAUGCAUGCAAGUUAGCAUUAACUGGUGCUACUAGUUUACCAAAGUGUGUGAAGUUGACAAUCAUUCUUUAAUCUGUUUACUUGUAAAAUAUCAGGUUUGUAUUAAUUUUUACAUUUCCAUGUUAAGACAGAUACUGGUUGUGUUAAAUCUUCUAAUUGGUUUUCUGUUAAGGAAUGAAAAUGGUUGGAAAAAGUUUUUUUUAAUUAAAAAAAAAAAGAACAAUCCAAUAGAAAGCACUUGAAAUACAACACACAGAAUCUACUGUGAAACCGAUCUGAUGAAAAAAGUCUCAAAGCAUUUAUUAUAAAUCAAAACCAUCAGCUUAUAUAAAUAUUUGACUAAGGUCAAUCAUAAUUUGGCAAAUAUGCUCAAAGAAGGCCAUGUAGUGUCGUUUAUGAUUAUUUUAGUUUUUAAGCUUAAGAAAUCACAACUGAAGUCUGAAAUGUUUUAAAAUUUAUUUACAUUUGUACUGAGAGUUUCUAGAUUCACAGGAAAAACUUUACAAGACCUGUGGAGAGACCCCAAACAUUUACUAUGAGGAAAGAAGUGAUUACUGUCAAAGUUAUCAUUGAUUAUUAUGAUAGUAUUCAGCGUACAGGAUCACAUUCAGCUCCCUCUCAUGUCACCUCACAGGUCCUCCACAAUGAGAUGAAAAACACUAAGUGUGGAGACAAACACAGACACUGCAUAUGAAAAGUAAAUGUUUUUGGCAUCAGAAAGAACACGAGGGCAUUUAAGAACCUAUUUCAAAACAGACAUGCAGAGAAAGAAAAACAAAUUACAUUCAAUGAGCUGAAAAAUGACGCAAUGACUGCAGCCGGACUGAAUUUCUCGCCCAGUUAGGUAGUACAAUACUGAACAAUCAAAGGCACCCGUCCUAAAUGUGCCGAUCCCUUUAGUAAAACCCGAUACGCCUUCAAACACGUGCUACAGAUUGUGAUUGUCUCCAAGCGACGCAAAGCUUUUCACAGCAACUCAACAAAAUAAUCUCCUUUCAAAGGAGGCAGAAUCCAAACGCAACAGGACAGGACCAUCAUAAGAGGAUGAAAAACAAACGCAUUUUCACUCCAAACUGCUCUGAAGGAUUUUCAAACUAAAUAUCUGGUCUAUUCCCAUUUUAUCUGUAGCCCUUCACUAAAAUGGUUUCUUGGAACACUGAGCGAUCAGUCAACACUCCCGUUUCAGAUGCAGUGCAGACUGAAACUAAACCGUAGUAAAGUAAAAAAAGGAACAACACUUUGGAUAAUAUAACAAUGCGGUGAUAAAUGUGUCAAACAAAAGAAUCUUACACGUUUCCCUUUGAGAUUAAGCAUACAGGUUAUGGAUAAAGGCACAAUAUAAAUAUGCACUGUCACGCAAAACAAACUUAAAACUAAAUUACACAGAAAUACACAUUCUUAAUGGUCAAGCUGCUUGUGUGUAAAGAAAUCUUCAGGCUCAGUAUUGUUCAGUCGUCUAUUCAACUCCCUGCUUCCCUCAACAGCUCCCACACACUCAUGGAAACAGCACAAGUGCACACAAGUCACGGUCCUUUUUUCCUGCGCGGGUCCAGACGCCUUCAACCAGCCUGUGGUUUGUUGGAUUAGGCAAAUACAACUAUUCAUGUCAGGUCCAUCAUGUUGGUCAGUCUAGCGCAUUACAGAUGAAAACACGGCAGCUAAUGAUUGAAUUACUGACUAACAAUUUGGUCUCUAGUGUGAAAACUGUUCCCAGUAGAAAUGAUGACGCUGUGGACUAAACGAUGUGAUGAUGACGACGUGAACUGCAAAAAAUAUAUAAUGAAAAGAAAUUUAUGGAA